AUGUUCCGGAGAACCUACACCUCUGUGGGGCCCACCUACUCUAAUGCGGUCAUCAGCUGUCUCAAGACCCUGGACCAUUGGUGCUUCGAUGUCUUUUCCCUGAACCGUGUGGCAGAUGACCAUGCCCUGAGGACCAUUGUCUUUGAAUUGCUGACUCGACACAACCUCAUCAGCCGCUUCAAGAUUCCCACUGUGUUCUUAAUGACGUUCCUGGAUGCCCUGGAGGUGGGCUAUGGAAAGUACAAGAAUCCCUACCAUAACCAGAUCCAUGCCGCUGAUGUCACUCAGACGGUCCACUGCUUCCUCCUUCGCACUGGGAUGGUGCACUGCCUGUCGGAGAUUGAGGUCCUGGCCAUCGUCUUUGCUGCUGCCAUCCAUGACUAUGAGCACACGGGCACCACCAAUAGUUUCCACAUCCAGACCAAGUCAGAAUGCGCCAUCUUGUACAAUGACCGCUCAGUGCUGGAGAACCACCACAUUAGUUCUGUCUUCCGAAUGAUGCAGGAUGAUGAGAUGAACAUCUUUAUCAAUCUCACCAAGGAUGAGUUUGUAGAGCUCCGAUCCCUGGUCAUUGAGAUGGUGCUGGCCACAGACAUGUCCUGCCACUUUCAGCAGGUCAAAUCCAUGAAGACUUCCCUGCAGCAACUGGAGAGGAUUGACAAGUCCAAAGCCCUUUCACUCUUGCUGCAUGCUGCUGACAUCAGCCACCCCACCAAGCAGUGGUCGGUCCACAGCCGGUGGACCAAGGCCCUCAUGGAAGAAUUUUUCCGACAGGUGUGUGGUCAGCUUG